ACAGUCAAAUUCUAUCCAACUUUUUCAAAAGAAGAGGGAAAUUUCCAGAUAUUUUGGGCAGACAUUUAUAUGCAGUAGAAACAGCUUGAAGAGUGAAGACACAAAUGGCACCCAAGAGGCGCUCGGGGAGGGCGGUGAAGACGGUGGUCACGGCCACGAAAGUGGUGGAGGAGACCGUUAAGGUGGUGGUUACUCCGGGUGGUGAAAUGGAGAGUGAGAACGUGGAGGUGGUUUCUUCUUCCACCAAAGAGAAGAAGGACGUGGAGGUUCUCACUGUAGACAAAGAGCCCAUCGUGAAAACCUUUCCGGUCGAAGAAAAAUCACCGGAGGAACCCCAUCAAGAGCAAGACGAGGAUGAAACACAACCGGCGUCAGAGCCGGAAAACGCCCCAGCGCCGCCACGGAAACCAGUACAAAGCCCGCCAAAGAAAGUGGAGGAGAAAGGGGGAACCCGGAAGAGAAAAGCCCAAGAACAAGCGAAAAUUGGGGAAGAGAAGGCUCAAAAGGCUGAAAGGACACCGGCGAAGAGGCGGAGGAAGAGAGGGGCGGCUGCCGGAGUAGGCGGAGAAGGGUACAAGACGUACGUGUAUAGGGUGAUGAAGCAGGUGCACCCAGAGAUGGGAAUAUCGUCCAAGGCUAUGACGAUCAUCAACAAUCUGAUGUCGGAUAUGUUCGAGAGGCUGGCGGAGGAGGCGGCGCGGCUCCAGAAGUACACGGGGCGGAGAACGAUGUCGUCGAGGGAGAUUCAGGGGGCGGUGAAGCUUGUGUUGCCGGGAGACUUGGGGAAGCACGCCAUUGCUGAGGGUACAAAGGCUGUUAGCAACUACGUUUCACAUGUUUCCAACACAUAGUACACCUAGUAUUUGUUUUUUCACAUGUUUAGGUACUUGUUUGCGUGUAGUUUGUAAGAUAGUUGCGGUCUGGGAUUGGAGAAUUCUUGCUAGAGUCAAGUCUCUGGUGUUUGAUAACGGUCGGUGUUGGUUUGGCCAGACUGACUUCGAGCGGGAAUUUUGCCUGGUGUUAUUAGGUGGUAAUAGAUUGACCUUGCAUCCAACUUGGAUGUGGUGAAGGUGUUUUUGUGGGCUGUGGAGUGUAUGUUGGAUGCGGAUGUAUGUAUGUAGUCAGUUGGUAGUUAUGAGCCCAUGGCCAUGCAACGUAACAUGAAGUAUUGAAUGAGUUGGUUGAAUGCUGAUCUAGACUGCUUUGACGUCCC